AUGUUUUUCACAGAAGUCCAGUCUGCAUACACAUCAGAGAUCUUACACGGAGGAGAAGUUGCAUACCUGUCCGGAGUGCGGAAAAUGUUUUUCAUGUAA